UUUCAACUUCAUUAACUUCCUCUGCUGUAAUUCCACGCAGAAACGACAAAAAUGGGCAACGGAAUCGGAAAUCUCAGCCUCUGCUUCUCCGGUGACAUUUCCCGCCGGAGAAAUGACAUUGCUGACCAAGGCUUGGGCCACUCUUUCUGCUAUAUUCCAUCCGAUAAUCUACAAUCCCCUAAUACGGCGGCCUUCCGCGCCAUCUCCGGCGCCGCCAUCUCCGCCAACACCUCCACGCCUCUCUCCACCGACUCCUUCGCCUACACCACGCUCGACAAAGCCUCCACUUUCGAAAGCUCCCACUUUUUCUCCUCCACCCCACUCCACCCAACGCCUCACACAGUCAAGUCCGGCCCGGUUAUGAAGAGUCCGGGCCCGGGAUCCGGGCCCAUGGAGCGCGGCUUCUUGUCCGGGCCUUUGGAGAACCAGCUUGAUCACUUGCCUAAAUCCAAGAAAAUGGCUCUGCUUAAGAAUUUCAACAAGGCUGUAUCCAAAUCUCUGUGGAGUUUUAAUAGGGAGAUUGGUGUUUGUGAAAGAGAUAUUAUCAAUAGUGGGAACAGCAGCAGCACAAUUACUAGUCACAAUUUGAGUAGUGAGAUUAGCUUGGUUGAUGAGAAUGAUGAAUGUAAUCUGCAGUGGGCUCAAGGGAAAGCUGGUGAAGACAGAGUGCAUAUUGUGAUAUCUGAGGAAAAUGGAUGGGUUUUUGUAGGGAUUUAUGAUGGAUUCAAUGGCCCUGAUGCUACUGACUUCCUCUUGAACAAUCUUUAUGCCAAUGUGUACAAGGAGCUCAAAGGGUUGCUGUGGUUUGAUGGAGGUGAAUCUUGCGAGAGAACGGUUAACAGCUCUUCGAGUUUGGAAGAUAAGGAGAGGGUGGAGCUGGAGAGGAAGUUGAGGGAGAGGUUGAGCUAUUUGGGAUGUGAUGGUGUUGUGGAUCAUUCGGUUGUUCUUGAGGCCAUGUCUGAGGCAUUGAGGAAGACGGAGGCCUCGUAUUUGGAGAUUGCAGAUAUGAUGUUGGUGGCGAAUCCGGAGUUGGCUUUGAUGGGAUCGUGUGUCCUGGCAAUGGUGAUGAAGGGAGACGAUGUUUAUCUGAUGAACGUAGGGGAUAGUAGGGCGGUUUUAGCACAACGAAAUGAUAAUGGUGGGAAGAUGGUGCUGGUGAAGAAGGAUUGUGAUGAAUUACUCUAUGGUUAUGAAUAUGAUAGUGUACACUAUUUGAGUGCUUCUCAGCUUACAAUGGAUCAUUCUACUUCUGUGAAAGAGGAGGUGAGGAGGAUUAGGUAUGCACAUCUAGAUGAUGCCUUUGCAGUUGUGAACAAGAGGGUGAAGGGCUCACUCAAAGUCACCCGCGCCUUUGGAGCUGGCUUUCUCAAACAGCCCAAGUGGAACAAUGCACUCCUAGAGAUGUUUAGAAUUGAUUAUAUAGGAACAUCACCCUACAUCACAUGUUCACCAUUCCUUUGCCACCACAGGCUACAAAAAACAGACAAAUUCUUGAUCUUGUCCUCUGAUGGCCUCUACCAAUACUUCACCAACAAAGAGGCCGUCUCUGAGGUUGAGACGUUCAUGUCAAUGUAUCCCGAGGGAGACCCUGCUCAGCAUCUUGUCGAGGAGGUCUUGAUCCGCGCUGCUAAGAAAGCUGGAAUGGAUUUCUACGACUUGCUUGAAAUCCCACAAGGGGAACGAAGGAGGUACCACGAUGAUGUCUCGAUUAUCAUAAUUUCUCUCCAAGGAAAAUACGGCGUUCAUCAGUGUAAAUGCUAGGUAGAACCAGAACGGAAGAGGAUCAUUUUUGUUUGCGUGGAACGAGGGUGUUCGUAGUUGUAGCAUAAGAUUAGGUUAGAUUUUCCAACGUAGGAUAGAAGACAAAGUGUGAUGUGGUCAUGUGGGGGAAUGUAAAUGCUUAUAACCCCUUAUUUUCUUGAAAUGUUACACGUUUUUGUAAAUUGUGGUGCUUACUUGAGGUGUGGAUUACAUUGA